AUGGCCCCUCUGUCCCAGGAACCAGUCUCGCUGCUUCUCCUGCCGGCGCUUGUGCUCGGGUCUACAACGGCAUCUUUGAUAUCAGCAUAUAAAAAGACAUUCGAAACUCUCUUCCCUAGACUGGUCCAACCCAACACUCAGGCGAUUUCGCGACUAGAUGUUGCCAUUGCCCUGUCUCCAUCCUACCCACCUUCGCCCAACAUUCCCCGUUCCGCGCUCUUCAUUCCAAUCCAGCGACUACUGGCUGAGACAUACAGUCUGAUCUGUGCCGUGGCCGCCGAGACCAAAGUCGAUCUAGACUUCCCGGGCGGUCUAGACGUCCGGAUAUUCCUCCUGGAGACUCGGGUGGACGAGCUUCCUCGAGGGCUUAGCGGCACGCAAGUCCUCUCCGGUCCCGUCGUUGAUAUUCAGACUUUUGCACUAGCCGCGCGUCCAUACACGACCAUAUACUCCGUCGAGGGGGAGGUUGGCGAAGGCCUUCUCAGGUCACUCAUUACGGCAUGGCAAUCCAAGAAGAGCAGAAGCGCCCCGCCUGUUCAGCGGCUUCCCAGCGGGCCUGCCAUAGUCCAGCCUUCAGCCUCCCAGACCGCCGUCCAUGAAGACGGCCCAGUGACGUCGCACAAGUCAGUCGCUGUAGGGGGCACAUUCGACCAUCUGCACAUUGGCCAUAAACUUCUAUUAACGGCUACCGUCCUGGCUGCUGAGCCGUCGAACCCUUCAUCGCCGACAGAGGCCCCGCGGCUCGUCACCGUUGGGAUCACGGGUGACGCCUUACUCGUGAACAAAAAGUACGGAUCUGUCGUUGAACCAUGGUCGGUGCGCCAACAACGCACCGCAGAGUUCAUUGAGUCCAUACUGGUCUUCCAUCCAGACGUUUCCUCCAUAACCAAAACCGAACAUAUCGACCAGCCCGGGCCGAACGGAAAAAUUGUCCGUGUCACUUACGGCGCUGACAUUAGCAUCAAUUAUACAGAGAUAUCCGACCCCUUCGGCCCGACCAUUACAGACGAAGGGAUCAGUGCCCUGGUGAUCUCGGGCGAGACCAGGGCCGGCGGAAAUGCCGUCAACGACAAGCGCAAAGAGAAGGGCUGGAAAGAGUUGGAGAUUUUCGAGGUCGACGUCCUCGACGCAAGUGUCGCGAUGGACAAGGACGAAGGAGAUGGACGGAAGAAGCAAGAAAGCUUCCAAGGCAAGAUCAGUAGCACCGACAUCAGAAGAAGGCUGCUGGAGACGACGAGAGCAAGUGCUGCUGGAUAG